GAAGGGGCGUUCGUUGUGGCGUUUUCAUUUGUGAUACAGUUACUUGCAGUUGAAGACGUCGUGACAUUAGAAGAAACUCCAGUUGUAACGGACUGAUUAACGCCGUCAACAUUCAUGACGAGGCUUGUUUUCGUCCCUCGCUGUUUGGAAGCACCUUGGCAGCGCUAGCUAACUAGCAAACGCGCGAAGCUUUGCUAGCUGGUCCUUGGCGAACAGUGAAAAGAAGCUCCAAAAAGCUUAAUUCAAAGUCUUGACUUCCUAGAGGAACCUUUAACUGUUGAAUAAAUUCUAACUUACAUCACUCAUCUAGCUUAUAUGAUUAAAAAUCGCGCUGGCACUAGCUGGCUACUAUUGCAGGUGUUUAGCUAACCAAGAGCUGCUCAACAAAUGGCGUCAUGUGACCUUCGCAGUGACGAAGUUAGCCGGAAAUGUCCAUAUACUCUUCGGUAUAUAAACUCGUUGUGAUAAAGUCUGUCGGUUAUUUUUUCCACAAUCCACUAUAUAAGAUGAAAUACAAUUUAGGCGUGUAAUUGUUUUUUUAGUAGUGCUAUGCUCGCUUUUAUCCUAUCGUUUACAGUAUGGUGUGCUGUAUGCCGAAUUCCAGCUAGCAAUGGCUAACAUUUCGGAGGAGCCUUGAAUGCAGCACAGGGAAGGCGGCGUUUGUAUGCGCUUUGAGUAUUUAAAAGCUUACAAGUUGCCAAGAGUGUGGAAAGUUGGUGUCAACAUGAGUCCACCUGUCCGGAUCAUUGUAGUGGGUGCUGGCUGUCGAGGGAAUGCUUACUCCCGCUAUGCAAUUGUCCACCCUGACCGUGUGCAGGUUGUUGGAGUCGCUGAUCCCAUUAAGUUUGCCCGCACUAAGUUCCAGCAACUGUACAAAAUAGCAGAGGAGAAUCUGUGUGAAGACUGGCGCACUUUGGUGCAAAAAGACAAGUUUGCAGAUGCUGUUCUAAUUUGCACUCCCGACCACCUUCAUAAGGAGCCUGCAGUGGCAUUUGCAAAGAAAGGAUACCAUCUUCUACUGGAAAAACCAAUGGCUACAAAAGCUGAAGACUGCCUGGAGAUUGUGAAGGUGUGCUCGGAGAACGGCGUGAUGGUGUGUGUGGGUCAUGUUCUCCGUUAUCAUCCCCCAAUUCGCAUGAUAAAGGAGCUGUUAGAUGACGGAGUCAUUGGCGAUGUGAUUCACAUUCAGCACUUGGAGCAGGUUGGCUUUUAUCACUUCGCUCACUCCUAUGUCCGUGGAAACUGGAGGAAUGAAGCAGAAAGCUCUUUCUCUCUUCUGGCCAAAUCGUGUCAUGACAUAGACUUAAUCAAUCACUGGGCUGGAGCACGCAAGUGUUUGAAAGUGACAUCAUUUGGCUCCGUCAGCCACUUCAGUAAAGAACACAAGCCAGCAGGGGCUGCUGACCGCUGCCUGGACUGUUCGGUCGAGGACGCCUGCCCUUACUCUGCAUGCAAAAUCUACCUGGACAGAGUGAAGCAGGGCCACACUGGCUGGCCUGUGUCCGUCGCAUGUCCCAACUCCCACCCAGACAUCGAAACUGUAACUGAGUCUCUAAAAACAGGGUGGUAUGGUCGCUGUGUCUAUGAGUGUGAUAACGACGUCUGCAGCAACCAGGUUGUCAACAUGGAGUUUGCAGGCGGUCUGACAGCAGCCUUUUCUAUGAUUGCUUUCACUGAGGAACUCUGCCUUCGAAAAACAACAAUCUACGGCAGUCUGGGGGAGUUGUCAUUUUCAGACGAUGAGAUUCGCGUCUUCAACUUUCUAACCCAGAAAAGCACCAAAUACGUGGCAAAAGUGCAUGCCCCUGAGGGGUUUGGCAUGGCUGGACAUGGUGUAGCAGAUUACUACCUGAUGGACUCCUUCAUUUCUGCUGUGAUUAAAAAUGACCCAUCACUCAUCAUUUCUACUCCUGAGGAGUCACUGAAGAGCCACUUGCUGGUGUUUGAGGCAGAGCGUUCAAGACGGGAAGGCAGAGUCAUCAACUUGGACCACUCUGGAUGAUCUCUUAAAGGGGACCUAUUAUGCUUCUACUCUUAAUUCAUUCAUUCAUGUUCUACCACUUAUCCUCACGACG